AAAUUACAUGAGUUAAUUGUUGGUUUUGACGACCAGUCUAUGCACUCUUUCGCUUUUUAAGGAAGAAAUAUUUCACAAUGGCAGGUGCGAGCAGAUUGUUUUGCAAAGCUUCGUCGAGGUUUCUGAAUGCUCACUCAAAAAAUUUCCGAGUACGGCCCAGAUGCUUUAGUGGACUUAUUGAACUCCCUGAAACUCACCAGCUCCUAGAGAAAACUUGCCAUGACUUUGCUGACAAUGAACUCGUACCAAUUGCUGGACAAAUUGACAAGAGUCACACCUUUCCUAAAAAUCAGAUAAAGAAAAUGGGAGAGCUUGGUUUGAUGAGUAUUAAUGUGUCCGAGCAAGAUGGGGGCACCGGUCUGGACUACCUAGCUUACGCCAUUGCUAUGGAGGAGAUCAGUCGAGGAUGUGCAUCUUCUGGAGUCAUCAUGAGUGCACACAAUUCUUUAUACCUUGGUCCUAUCAAAACAUUUGGAACAAAGGAACAAAAAGAAACAUUUUUGAAGCCAUUUCUAAAUGGGGACAAGAUUGGUUGUUUUGCUUUAAGUGAACCAGGCAAUGGCAGUGAUGCUGGGGCGGCAUCAACAACUGCUCGACUCGACGGUGACUCAUGGGUUCUGAAUGGAACAAAGGCUUGGAUAACCAAUGGUUAUGAAGCAGAUGCUACAGUGGUAUUUGCUACAACAGAUAAAAGUAAAAAACAUAAGGGUAUUAGUGCAUUCUUGGUCCCAAAGCCUACUCCUGGCCUGUCACUGGGAAAGAAGGAGGACAAACUCGGAAUCCGUGCCUCCUCAACGUGUAACCUCAUUUUUGAAGACUGCAGAAUACCAAAAGAGAACAUAUUGGGAGAGCCUGGCUUUGGAUUUAAGAUUGCUAUGAUAACUCUAGAUGAUGGUAGAAUUGGAAUAGCUGGACAGGCUUUAGGGAUUGCUCAGGCGGCUUUAGAGUGUGCAGUUGAGUAUUCAAAGACAAGAAUAGCUUUUGGCUCCCCAAUUGCUAAGUUGCAAGCUAUUCAGCUGAAGAUAGCUGACAUGGCCCUUCGAAUUGAGAGUGCCCGACUUUUAACAUGGAGAGCGGCCAUGCUCAAGGAUGCAAAGAAACCAUUUACCAAGGAAGCAGCAAUGGCAAAGUUGGCAGCAUCCGAAGCUGCAACAUUUGUAGCACAUCAGUGUAUUCAGGUUUUAGGAGGUAUGGGAUAUGUGACAGAAAUGCCAGCAGAGAGACAUUAUAGAGAUGCACGGAUAACUGAAAUUUAUGAAGGCACCAGUGAAAUCCAAAGACUAGUCAUUGCAGCAAACAUUCUAAAAUAGGGUUCCAGUAUAGAAGUUAGUGCUGGCUAAAUGUGACUGAAACUUUGUUUUGGUUCCCCAUACAUUACACCUGAAUAUUGCACAAAAUGAAUCAGGGUUUAAUUUCUUUAAGUUACUAGAUUUAUCAAAUAAAGCAUAAAGAGUUAAACUUAAACAGGUGAAAAUAAAUGGACUUCAAUUUUAACCUGAUAAAGUGUUUUCAUGUCCAUUUUGAAAUUGUUUAGACAAUGAAAAUGAUUUGUUUGUGUAUGUACAGUGUGUCUGUAUUCAUUUUAUUGUAUAGGAGGACCCAAAACAUAGCAUUAGCUCAAAGCUGCCUUAUAAACACAAAUAUGGGUGUUUUUUUUGAUUGCACAUUUUGUUUUAAUGGUUUGAAUGAAAUGCAUAUUUUUUUACCAUUGUGCCAAGAUACAGUUAAAAUCAAUAAUUUGAUAAAACAUGAUUAUUUACUUCACAAGCCUGUUAAGAACAAUACGUUGCAGGUGUUGUGGUCAUUUUAAAAAUAUAAUUAUGGUAGAACAAAAAUAAAUAUAUUAGGCCUCAUGGACCUACUAUAUUUUGAUUAUUGAAAUAUAAUUCAUGUAUACUUGCUACAUGACUAUCAGGCUCUAAUCUUGCCGGUGAAAUCAGCGUUUCCUUUGCGGAAAGUCUGCUCAAGUCGCAGAGUUAUUAGUAGUAGUGAGAAGUCGAAGUCAUAAUUUUGGACUUAAUCCGAUUUCAAAAACGAAAUCACACCACAGAUGUCAAGAUUCCGACUUGUUUAUUGUCAUAGUUCACUUGGCACCUUUUUUUUUCUUUGGCACCAGGCUGUAUCCUCAAUUAACCGUGAAUCUGCCUAUUAACGGGAAAUGGUUUCUGCAUACAUGCAUUGUAAUGUGCGAUUGAUUUGAUGAAAUGUUAUACCUUGUUCAAUUUAUUAUCAAAAUCAACAAACAAAUGUUAAUACUCAUGCCAGUUUCUGCUUUGAAGAGAUUAAAUACAUGUUGUAGUCUAAUGUUGACAUUCUGCAGAUACACCCGUAAACCGGGCUAUUGUUUCUCAAAAGUGAUGCGUGUCGUGUCGUGCCGUGUACUGUGACCAGCCAAGCACUUUAAUUUUAACAUAACGACACCUUAUCAACUACUUAAUAAUAUUAUGUUUUUAAUGAAACAUACAACUGUUUUGUUUAAACUUUAUUACCGGAAGUAAUAUUUUAUAUUUCGAUUAGAACCGAGUGUAAAAUUAAGAAUUUUCCUGAUUCAACGUGGAAACUGGCAAAACGUUAUGAAAUAUACUGAUAAAUAUACUUCUUAUAAAAUUUCUCCCCUUUAUUUCUGGGAAGGGAGAAGUCAUGUCUUUUACUUUUUCAAUUCUAGAUUAGGGCCUGGACUAUUAUAACCUAUUUUAUUACCCAAUGGCAUAUAGUUCGUCAAGUGCGAUGUAACACCUCAAUGCCAUAUGAUUGCCAAACUACAGUGAAAUUGAUUAUGGGUAAUAAGUAAGAUAUUAAACAUUCUACCAUUUUCUAUCAUGUUUAUGUCCCUUGUGAAAUAAUUUUCAUUGUCACUCGCCAUUUUAGUACUCGAGACAUAAACAUGAUACGAAAUGGAAACUUGUUUAUCCUUUGAAUGGGUCAUGGUUUUAUGCUCCUUGAUCAGACGUUCAUAUUUAUUACUUAAAAGUUUAUGAAAGUAUCAUGUGGUCAAAUCGUUUUUUAUUAAUUAUUUAGUGGUACAAUGUCAUGAAAUAAUGUGUUGAUCAUAUCAUUUGUGAUUUGCCAUAGCUCUUUCAAACAGACAAGAGCUGUAUAUUGCAUUUGUAUAAAAUAAAAAUCAAGAAUA